AUGUGGGGAGCUGUGCAGGUGGGUCUGUGGGAAGUGUGGAUGCUGAAAACAGAAGGCCAAAAUGUGUCUGGGUUUACUGUGAAGGGACCAGCUGAACCUGUCAUAGUCCAACUUGGAGCAGAUGCCACUCUACCCUGCCAGCUUUCCCCUGAGAGCAAUGUAGACAGCAUGCAUAUCCGGUGGUACCGAACCCAGCUAUCCCCUGCUGUACUUGUGUACCAGAAUGGGCAAGAACAAGGUGGGGAGCAGAUGCUGGAGUAUCGAGGCAGGACGGAGUUGAUGAGAAACAAGGGGAGCGUGGCACUGGUGAUUCAGCAUGUCCGUGUCUCUGAUGACGGCCAGUACCGAUGCCAUUUUAAGGAUGGUGACAUCUCCCAAGAGGCCAUUGUGGAGCUGAAUGUUAUAGGUUUGGGUUCUGCUCCUAAUGUAUACAUGACGGGACCUGAAGAUGGUGGAAUCCGAGUGCUAUGUUCCUCAGGUGGCUGGUUUCCCAAACCCAAGUUGCAAUGGAAAGACAUGGCUGGACUGACGCUACCAUCCCUCUCUGAGUUCCUGACUCAAGAUGGAGAUGGGCUCUUCCAUGUGGAGGCAUCUCUUGUGGUUACGGACAGCAGCCUGAGCAAUGUGACCUGCACUGUCCAAAAUCCUCUGUCUGGUCAAGAGAAAGCAUCAGCCAUCUUCCUUCCAGAGCCCUUCUUCCCCAGGAUGUCUCCAUGGAAGGCAGCCCUGGCUGGGACAAUCCCUGUGCUGGGACUUCUCCUCAUUGGGAUCAGCUACUUUGGAUGGAGAGAACAUCAAGCCAAACUGGUAGAAAUAAAGAAAAGGGAAGAAAAAGCUUCUGAAAGGGAUGAGAUGAGGAAGAGAAAGGAAAAUGCACUUGAAAUCAGAGGGAAACUGAAGAAUGACCUUGAACAGCGAAAAGCCUUAUACAGGGAAGAUUGGAGAAAGGCCCUGCUAUAUCCUGACUGGAGGAAGGAACAUUUCAAGCUUGCCCAGGUGACUCUCAAACAAGAAAAUCUUCAUCUGAACAAUUCAGACCCAGAGAGAAAAGAGAAUUGUAGUGAGGAAACACAGGAUAUAUCUCUUAGUAAUAAGGAAGGAGAUGUCAAUCUUAUCACACUUAAUCAGGGAAGCUUAAUUGCAGGGAGAUAUUAUUGGGAAGUGGACGUUGGGGUCAAUGAUGAGUGGAGUCUUGGCAUUUAUGAGUCAUACAAAGAUGAAUCACUAAGAAAAUUCAUUGUUUUAGAGAAGAAGGGAGAUGAUUACUGGACUCUCAUUCGUGAUCCCAAAGCCAAGUCCCAAAAAACGUCACUUCAAAUUUGCCCCAAAGAAAAGCCACCACAAAAGAUUGUGAUUUUCAUGGAUUAUGAAGAUAGUGACCUUUCUUUCUACAACUUGACUGAGGGUACCCACAUUCACUCCUUCACCCAGAUGAACUUCUUUGGGUCACUCUAUCCUUAUUUCACACUUAAAUCUAUGGAGCCCUGA